UGUACCUAUCGUAGUGCAUCAUACUGUUUUAAGUUAUAUAGUUGAGUCAUAUACUUGAAUGAUAAAUCUGUAUGUAUAUGCACAUGCACGUAUAUUAUUCAUUUAUAUAUAAUUUUCAUGAAAUUUGCAAGCUGAGGUGACUUUAAAAAUACACGUUAUUCUAUUAAUCGUUUCAUUAGUGUUUAUUGCGACGAAUUUCCUAAAUCUAUAUAUUGUAUAAAUCAAAACAAAAGUUCAAGGUCAAAUGUGUAUAUACAUAUACAUAUAUAUAUAUAUGUAUGUAUGUAUAUAUAACCUACACAUGUACAGUGCUAGAUCAUUAUGAGAAUCCUAGAAAUGUAGGUUCAUUAGACAAGAAUGAUACUCGAGUAGGCACAGGUCUUGUAGGUGCUCCAGCUUGCGGUGACGUUAUGAAACUACAAAUUAAAGUAGAUGAAAAUGGAAAGAUCGUUGAUGCUAAAUUUAAGACCUUUGGAUGCGGUUCAGCUAUCGCUUCUAGUUCUUUGGCUACAGAAUGGGUGAAAGGAAAGACUGUCGACGAAGCUUUGAAAUUAAAGAAUACUGACAUAGCGAAGGAACUUUGCCUACCACCGGUCAAGCUGCACUGUUCGAUGCUUGCAGAAGAUGCGAUUAAGGCUGCUUUAUCAGAUUACCGUAUCAAGCAACAAAGUAAGGAAAAUUCUGCUGAUGAAAGCAAAAGCGCAGAAAUGAAGGCUUAAAUGAAUCUUUUCUCAAAAAACAUAGUAAAAAACAAUAAUAAAAGUACAAUGAAUUUGUAUUAACGUAAACAUAACGUCAUUAUGUAGUAUAUUAUAUAGAUGCUCGAACGUAUUUUCACGUGCGUAUUAUUUUGGGAUCGUUAUACAUAUGUGUCAUAUGUAUGUGUACACAUACAGAUACAUAUAUAUUCUUUUCAGCAAUGAUAUGACGUUACUUGUGAUACAUUUAUAGACUAGAUUAAAGAUGCAGAUUAUUUUAUUUUUAUGUAAAAACGAAUAAAUUCUUUAAUUUUAAACUGUCAA